AACCUUCCACCGAGGUUGUCCUUAUCUGGAGUCGCUGGUUGUUCUCCUAAUUCCAAUCUUUAUUGUUGUUUCGGAAAAAUGGUGUUGGCUUCUUUGAUGGAUGCAUGUGGUGUUCUUUUAACUUAAAAGCAAAACCCUUAGUUGAAAUGAUUUCAUAAAAUUCUACAACAAUUGAAAGCCUCCUAUUACAAAUGCUAAAUUUGUUCUUACAUGAGUACCUGAAUAUAUGAAUGACAAUGUUCAACUCGAAAGUUUGCUUGCAUCAUAUUCUUUUGAAGAUCAUGUGAAGAUUUAAUCUCUAUGUGAAAUGUGUUUAUUUUUAUUUUAUCAACAAAAAACUAACAGUUAUACAACAUCACAACUAACUUGAUCAACCAAAUUGGCGCGGGCAUAUACUAUCAAGUUCGCAAGUAAUUGACAGUUCGGGGGCACAUUUGUCAAGUUCCGACAAACCCAUCCAUGGCUUCCAAUUUCUGGACUUCCUCUCACUACAAACAGCUCUGGGACCAGGAAGAUGUGGAUGUUGUGUUCCCACUUGAUAAAGAAAAGGGCAUCACUCUUGAAGACUUCAAGCUCAUCAAGAUGCAUAUGGCCAAUUAUAUAUCCAGAGUGGCACAACCUGUGAAAGUGAGACAAAGGGUUGUAGCUACUGCAGUUACAUAUAUGAGGCGUGUGUAUACCAGAAAAACAUUGUCUGAGUAUGAUCCACGUCUUGUUGCUCCGACAUGCUUGUACCUGGCUUCAAAAGCUGAAGAAAGCACAAUUCAGGCUAAACUUCUUGUAUUUUACAUCAGGAAAUUAUAUCCUGAUGAAAAGUAUAGGUAUGAGAUCAAUGAUAUACUUCAAAUGGAGAUGAAGAUUUUAGAAGCUCUCAACUAUUAUCUAGUUAUAUACCAUCCUUACCGCUCAUUAUCUCAGUUGCUUCAGGAUGCAGGCCUGAAUGAGGUAAACAUGACACAAUCAACCUGGGGAAUUGUGAAUGACACGUACAAGAUGGACCUUGCACUGGUACAUCCUCCACACCUUAUUGCUCUAGCUUGCAUAUACAUUGCUAGUGUACUCAAAGACAAAGAUACCACUGUGUGGUUUGAGGAGCUCCGUGUGGAUAUGAAUGUGGUGAAAAACAUAUCAAUGGAGAUAUUAGAUUUCUACGAAAACUACAGACCGAUCCCAGAAGAGAGAUGUAUUGCUGCUCUCAACAAGCUACCCUCUAGGGUGUAGAUGGCUGUACAGCAUUGUGUUGACUACAGUACUACUGUAAAAGCUACCUGCUAAACCACUACUAAUCAGUAAAUGAGUUAAUAUUGUUUUUGUGCU